AUGGCGAGCUUCGUGGCCCGCUCCCUCACCUCGGCCGCUGUCCUUGCCUAUGGCUUCUUCACGGUGUUGCUCUUCGGCUGCAUUGCAAUCAAGCAGGGGACCUUCUUCCAGCGGGCGACGGAGAAAGAGAAGCUGGAGCUUCAGCUUGCUCGUGAUCGACUCUGGAACCUCUCCAAAGACUGGUCUGGCCUUUCUCACCACAUGAUAACCCUCCGCAGCGGCUUCCAAUUCCAUUUCGUCAGCAACGACGCCCCUGCCACGCCCGCCGCCUUGAAAUCCUCCAAACCUUUGGUCAUCCUUGUGCAUGGCUUCCCCGAUAGUUGGGCGGUAUGGCGACAACUCAUGAGCUCGCCCUCUCUGCAGAAGACGGCGACUCUCGUUGCCAUUGAUCUGCCGGGCUAUGGAGGCACCGAGAGUCUGGACACGUACUCGGCCACGAAUAUCUAUGAAAAAGUGACGGAGCUCAUUGUGGCGCUGCGGGUUCAAUACGGGGUGGAUCAAGGCGAGGAGAGCAACAAGAAGAAGGCGAUUGUGGUUGGGCAUGAUUGGGGAUGUGUGGUGUGUAUGCGACUUGCUGCUGAGGCGCCGUCUCUGGCGCAUCGAUUCAUCCUGACCAAUGGGCCAUUGGUGAGUCUGGUUGAAUCUAAUAUCCGCCGCUUGCUCUCCUCGUCCCUCAAGAUGUUCAAGACCGCCGUGCUCUCUCCUCACCGAUCCUGCACCCCGCUAGUCCAAGCAUUUCGCACUCUGGUCCCUUUGUUACGCCAGCUGGUUCUGUCUGGAUACAUUUUUGCAUUCCAAUUGCCUUUCCCCAUGGUCCAGUACUUCAUGCUCGGCGGCAACUACUCCCUGAUGAAGGGCAUCCACAAAGCAUCCACUGGCAACGCCGAACUCACUCCGGUCGAUGCCGCCGAGUCCAUGGCUAGCGGCAUGGGCCCAUCCACUGCAGAGAGCCGGACCCAGACUGCAUCGGGGGAUACAUACCCCGCCACGCUCCACGACGAGCGCGCAUACGCGUCGCUGAACCACAAGGUGCGCUAUUACCGCGACGGCGCAGGCACCGGGCGCUGGCAGAAAUCCCUCGAGACCAUCGCCAGCUUGCACAGUCUUGGAGGAGGGCAUGAGGUGCGCCGAACCAGCAGCGGAGCCGGCCUCUUUGACGAAGGGCCCCCCGGUGUGCUCAAGGCCAGCUCGACGAUCAUCUGGGGCCAGAAGGACAUUGCGCUCGACCCACACAUCUGUCUAGAUGGCAUUUCGGACUACCUGGUGCAUGGUAGCCAGGUCGUAAUGCUCCCCAAGUCGGGCCAUUGGACCCCUGUUGAGACGGAGAGCCGUGCGGCCAUCGAGAAGGCCAUUGAGUGGGCUGCUCUGGGCGAGAAGCAGGAUGUUGAGGUUGCCAUUCAGGCGGCGUACCCGAAUGCCAAGGUGACUGCUCGUCGAUGA